AGUAUCCCUGGUUGUGGUACUAAUGAAAAAAAAAACAUAAACAUGAGCAUCCAAUUAACUGCAAACCAAAACAUUACGACCUAGCUUUCAGUUUUAAAGAGUAAUAAAGUAAUUAAACACAUGAAAUGGUUUCACAAACACGAAAGCGUAUAUUAAUAUUACUGAGCGUUGUGGUAAUACUUUUCCUCCUGGUACGUUAUGUUUUCUUCAAUGGAUCUUUAGAGGCAAGUAUUUCUUCUGCACCUCAACUUGUGAUACCACAACAACAGCACGAAAGCCACGAUUCCCAAACAUAUCGUCGUGCUCCUGGUGCUCCAGUAAUAGUAACAGUGUUCUAUGAAGCAUUGUGUCCAGACAGCAAACAUUUUAUAACGAAACAAUUGAUACCGGCCUUUAAAGAAGCGUCCAUUUUAAUGGAUACGCGACUAGUGCCAUAUGGAAAGGCCUCUACUAUGACGAAUCCCGAUGGCACAUUUCGUUUCGACUGUCAACAUGGCCAAGUGGAAUGUGAGGCAAAUACAUAUCAUGCAUGUACAAUAGAAGCAGUACAGGAACCGCAGGCGCGUCUUGACAUGAUCGCCUGUAUGAUUCGAGAUAAUCGUUUGCCGAAGGAUGCGUUGCAUAAAUGUGCCAAGCAGCACAACAUUGAUAAUGUUGAUCUCAUACAAAAGUGUUUUGACAGUUCUCAUGGAAGUGAAUUGUUAAAACUAAAUGGCGACCUAACCCAUGCGUUACGGCCUUCAAUUACAUUUAUACCCACCAUUACAUUGGACGGAUAUCAGGGAAAGCAAGCUUUAAUACUAAAAAAUCUUUUGGCGGAAAUUUGCAAAAUUGCUGGUGACAAUGAAAAAGCGGAUGAAAUAUGUGGCCAACAUUCGUAAACAUACAAAGAACACAACACAAAUGUCUUCAGAUAACGAUAUUGCACGAUAUUUACUAUUCCAAAUGAAAACAAUAGCUGCCUAUACAUGCAGGCAAUCCGGCAUUUAUUUUAUAUUGAUUUGUUUUUUUAAAUCAAGCAACGACGAAGGAAUCGCUUUUUCAUCCCCUCUCAUUCUUUUUAACACCAAAGAUGACAUAUUUUUUAGAACAACUUACUUCUGGUCAAAAAGUGUAUAGAAAGCAAAAGCAACAAAAAUAUAAUUAUUUCAUAAGUCUAAAAAUGGUUGACAGUGGUUUCUUUAAAAACUGAAACAAGUAAGGGAAAAUUUGUUAAUAAAAUAUUUAAAAAACCCAUUAAUGCAAUUUAUUGAUAUUUCGGAAAAACCCGAACAUUUUAUUUAAAAAUACAAAGUACAUAAUGAAAACAAUAAACAUAAUGAAACAAUUGGUUCAAUAUUAGAUGUUAAAUGUUUAAAUUAGAUGUAUUUAUUUGCGAUUAAAAUUAUUUGACAAAA